GGGCUGUGUGUGUGUGCAUGUUAGUGUGGUUGUCUCCGGGGCAUUUUUCACAAAGCGAUAUUGCUUUGUUUGGGUGGGGAAGUUGCAGUGUUUUUCAAGCUGACGUUUUACUACUCCCCUCUCCCUUGAAGUUUGUAGUAGGAAGGAGGAUUUGUUGAGUUAGCAUUAAAAGGGGGGCGGGGGUGAAGGAGAGCCAGCUCUGUGCAAUCUACAAACUCUAUUGUGACGCACGUACUACAACUGAUUGCUGCUGCCAAAGCUCCUCCAGACUUGCUGUGAUCAGCACAUUAGAUAGAACAAUGGGGCUGGAGCAGGGAACGUGGCCAGGAGGCUCUGCACAAUCACUGCAGAUACUCUUGCAUUUCAGCACAGUAUCCGAUCCUUUUAUUUAAUCACUUGAGGAAAUCAGAGCUUAUUGCCCUUUUUUUAAUUUACUGAAUCAAAGCUUCAUAUAGAUUUGAAGCAUAAUGGCCUGGCUGGCAAAUUCCACUUUAAAAUGAAAUUCCUUUUGUUUGGACAAAGGCUUUUCACGGUUUAUACUUUAGAUGCAGGUAUCCUAGGAGGGGUGGAAACAGUGGACAGGAAACUACCCAUAGAUCUGAUAGCACCUGAUUGUGUUUAGGGUGUAGGGAAAGAAGAAAAAGACCAAAUGGCAAAGCAACCUUCUGAUCUAAAUUCAGAGUGCGACAGAGAAGGUGGACAGUUUCAGUCAACUGAAAGGCCAAGUCAACCUCAGCAUCUUAGACCUGGGGCCCCUACCUCUAUACAAACACAGUAUCAAGGUAAUCAUUCAGGUGAGGGGGACUUCGUCCAGCAGCCCUCAGGGAGCUCUUCGCCCAGCAGCCCUCAGGGACCAUUUGCACCACCCAGUAGCCCCAGUCCAUUUGCUACCAGAUCCCCACUUUUCAUCUUUGUAAGAAGAUCCUCACUGCUGUCUAGAUCCUCCAGUGGGUAUUUCUCUUUCGACACAGACAGGAGUCCUGCGCCUAUGAGUUGCGACAAGUCCACGCAGACUCCAAGUCCCCCUUGUCAAGCCUUUAAUCAUUAUCUAAGUGCAAUGGGUAAGCAAGAUCAUGCUUCCAGGUGGGAGUCUCCCUCAAUACGUGAAGACAUGCAGCCGGAAAUAUGGAUUGCACAGGAACUGCGGCGUAUUGGAGAUGAGUUUAAUGCUUCCUAUUGCCCAAGAAGGGGUUUCUUGGAUAAUCCAGCAGUAAACCACCAAAUUGUUUUGCGCCUGUUACGUUAUAUCAUCCGCCUCAUUUGGAGACUGCAGUAAUGGCUAUGUACAGAGAGACAUUCUGAGAUUGUCCAGUUGUCACCAGAGUAUCCUUUCCAUACCUUGUGUAUGCAAUUAACAAAUCCUCCUUUUCCUAAAGGACAUACGGGGCAGUAGGACUCCGUGUUUGUACAAAAUAUGCACAGACUGUCUCAUUUUGUCUGUCAGAAAACACGAGGUUUUUUAAAUGGCAAUUCACUGUGAACACGUCACGAUGGAUUUUGGAAAUGGAUAUAUAAAAGCUUUGUGAGGCAGGACUUUAUGUGAGAGUGGUGUUUACGCUGGUUUUUCUUGAACUUUUAAAAGACUGAUUUGGAAAGAAAAUGAUCAAACAUUAUUGAAUGAUUUUCAUACUCCAUUUUCUGGAAACCUGUAGACUGAUCUCUGAUAUAUUCUGCAAUGGAGUUAACUGAGCCAGCUAACUUGCAGAGCUGCCUUAGUUUGUUAUAAAAUAACUAUGUACAGAUGUCCCCCCCAGCCCCCCCCCCUCAGCAAGGAGGGGUCAGAUUCAUGCUUUCCCUCCAUUCCUAACUCAUAAAUUGAAGCUAAUUGAAGAACGGUAGAAGGAUUUGCAUCAGAACUUCAGUUACCCUGCAAAUCUCUACCACCACCCUAAAUUCAACUGUGUGUGUGUCACACACAGCAUACUUCCUGCUGACUGAUUUUAAACUGCAGCUAAGUGCAACUGGUGCGCUCCCCCUGAAACGUCCACCUCUUCCACCCUACCAGCAGGAAUCUCAAAGUUGACCUGAAUUUUCCAGCCUAACGGUGAAAAUAUUAUGCUUCAAAAUCCAUACCAAGUUGCCUUUCUAAAAGUUCUUUAUAUUUAAUGAGUCUGGAUACGUUUGCAUAUUAUAUAACAUAGAAUGUUGAAGGCUGGGGGAUAAUAGCACAAUGAAAUAUUUGUGGGGUAAAAGCGUUCCUGAGACACUGCAAUCUUGGCCAAAGUUGGAGGGUUGCAUAACUUCAGAAACUAUUUUAAAUUUCACUUAAUAUUUUACUGUGACUGUUGAUAAAAAACCAGCAAUACCAACUGGGUUUAAUAUGUUGGAUUUUUGCUAGAGCUGGCUUUGUACUUAAGAUCUAUUCUGAGAGAUGCAAGGAACUAACAGACAUUAACAGUUGAACAUGUGGACUGCUGACUGUGUUACAUCCGUCUUGAGGGCAACGUACAAUAUUUGAAUUGAUUGUGGUGGUUCAAAAAAUCCCACAAAUGAAUGAAUAAAUAUGCAUUGGAAGCAAAAGUUAGGCCAUUUUGAAAGUUCUAGCAAAACUUCCAUAUAAUCUUUUUAAAUAAUACAAUUUUAAGGGCACUCACUGUAUUCGUACAUCAGACAUUCUGUGAUUUGUUCAAAGUUUAACCAAAAACAGAACUAAGUUAAAUCAAGAUUCCUAUACUGGAGUGACUUGCUAACUAGGUUGCAGGAGGCAUCCAGCACAGGAAAAGUUUUAACUUACCUUUUCUUUUAAUUAGAUCUUCUUUCUACAGAACUCCCUUUACCGCUUCUUGGUUCACUGAAGUUAUUCCAGAAGGCAUCAUUCUGUGAAACCACAAAUACCAUGGAUUGCAAGACUUGUAAACUUCUGGUCUUUAGAACAUAACAGAAUGAUGCAUUCUGUAACAACUUCAGUGACUCAAGAAGUGCCAAGAGGACUUCACAGAAAGAAAAACUUUAUUUUUAAUUUUGAAGUGUGUAUAUUGAAUGCCGCCCCGAGCCUGUUGCAUGGGCACUGUAACCACAAAUCUAGGUUUAAACUGAAUUUUAAUAUUGGUUUUAUAGUCCACCUUUACACCAUGGGAAACUGCAUGACGGGUGCUUUGGGAGCGCACAGUUCCUUCAGAUGGUGUAUUAAUGCAGAAUUUACCCCAAUCGGGCUUCAGAAUCUGGCUUCCUUUUGUAUGUGAUGCAGAGAGCUUGCAUGAUUCAGUUUUCUAUUUGCUACAGUCUACUUCAAAAUGCCGCAUUUUAUUUCUGGUUUCACCAGCACCAUAGAAAAGUAUGAUACGUUUUCUUCCAAAACAUUGCAAUAUGUUCACCAGCGUAUGCUGAGUGCCAUUGUAAUUUUUUUUUUAGUUUUGACAAGUAAAUUUGUAUAAUAUGUACUCUAUGCACUGACCACUGGUGCCUCUGGGGCAGGUGGGAGGGUUCCUCUAAACAUGGCUCAGUUCCCCAGUUGCAUUAAUUCACCCCCGCAAGCAGUGAAUCUGGAGAACAAAAACACACGUUGGCUCUGUAGGCUAAACCUUUGUCCUAGGAGUUGGCCUCAAUUAUCAAAGCAGUCGGGUUUUUUUUGUUUGUUUGUUUUACUUUUGUAGAGCAAUAUUGGUGACUUAAAUUGUAUCUGGAGUUUCAAGCAGAAAUUCAGUAGUGCUGAUGGCAGAUAGUCACUUCCAUAACAGCAUGGUUUUGGAUCAUACCAAAGUACUAGGCGUAAAGUGGAGUGGAGAAUUCAGAAAGUCCUACAUGUAGUGAAUUGGGCAGGUAUAAAUGUAUGUUCGGUAAAGAGUUCUCACUGCUACCGGAUGCUGGAAUAAGACUGGAGGGGCCUAGACACCAUUACUUUUGUUCCAUUUUCAACAUUCCUCACAUGUCAGAGGCACACAGCCAUUAAAUAGCUUAGACAAAAAUCAGAUUUUCCAACACUAGACAUUGCAGUCAUCUUUUGAACAGAAUUGGACCCUAGCCACUUCCUGGAACGACUUUAGAGUUGAUCAGGUGCUUUCAGGUAUAAGAGUCUUGAAACCUCCUCAUAAAGCCACAUUGUCCACUAGUUGUCAUGAUGAACAGAGUAGAGCUAGUUCUGAAAUUUGGAAUUGCGAUAUGCACCUUUCUGAACGCACCAAAGACAUUUCUGUUUACAGUACCCCCCGCCCCCACCACACACACACGCACUUCUACAAUUGGGGCAGGCAUGCGCGCACACACGCUUCUACAAGUGGAGCACUUUAUUUCAGUUCUUUUAAAUAUAGUGCCCUUGGGAGAGUUGGCAUCAGUACUACGUAUUUUCUCCCUCUCCAUCCCACCUCUUAAGGCUCUGCUGGCCCAGUGCCUGAAGACUUGGGUGCUUUCUUUGUACCUUUACCUCUAGCAUGGUAGUGCAACAGGUUUGCCACCACACCAUGGCUUCAGACUAGCUUACUGUAAGCGUAAUAAAUGAUUUAAAAAACAAUUCUGUGAAUUAUAUGAACAUUAAAGAACAAGAUAUUGGCACCAUGUGACUUGGACUUCUCUGCGCUCUUGUUUAUCAAGAAGUUUCCUGCAGAUGUUUUUACAGUAUGUAUUUUAAAAAAAUAACUCAAACUAAUCCCAUUGUCUUUGACAAUUUAAAACUGGUUUUGUGCCUUGGCAACCUGUCUGCCCAGGUUAGAUUUGUGGGUGGUUAUUGAAAUUGUUUCUUAAAUCUCAACAUAACAUUAAAAACAGUUAUAAUACUUAGUUAGUGGAGGGAUUUCUUUUAAUUCCAUACAAUCCACACUCUGCCCUGCCAAAACGGCUUUCUGAAGAAUUUUCUUUGGUUGUGGAGAAACCAGAUUCAAAUUUUCCUACAAAACUUGUAUGAUACUGUAUUAUGCUUUUUCUCCUUCAAUAACUGUAAAUAUUUGAGUAUUUAUUAGAUUAGGGCAUCAUAUUAUUCUUAUCUGAGCCAAAUGUCUGUGUGCAAUGUUUUUUCUUUUCUUACUAUGUCAUGUAAAGUUUUGUACAGCAUAUAAAGUAAAUUACUGUUUUUCUAAGUCUUUUUUAGAAUUGAACUUGGUAAAUACUGUAGAUUCUUUUUUCUGUGUAAUUAAUGCACUCUACUGUUCCAUAAUGCUGUAACUUGUAGAAAUGUUGUAUAUUUAUUUUCUGCUUAUUUAAGUUCCUGUAAAGUUUUUAAUGAAUUUUUACUGGUAUAUAUGGAAUUAGUGAUUGAUCAGUUUAGAGCACUGUCUUCUAAUUCAGUGCAAUCAAUAACGUUUAGUUACUGAGUAAAAGUGCCUAAGUGACUUAGACUCCUAAGUCCCAUUUUCAAAAGAGGCUGUGGAGUACUUCAGUCAAAGUCCAGGGGACUUGGGUUUCUGUGCGCCUAAAGUCUCUCUUGAAAAUUGUAUCCACAAUUUAAUCCCCCAUUUCGGCCACGUUUAACUUUCUGGACUCAAUGAUUCAGCACCGUAGAUAGAGGCAGAGAUUUGAAGUAAAAUAUGAUAUGGAGAUGCAAACUUGGCCAAACACCAAAGCCACAUCCCGAAUCAAUUUGUAGCUCAAAGCAUUAAUUUGUUACAAAUAAUGUUUUGCUUAGACCGAUAAAGUUAUCAUCCCAAGGGGGCCAAGGGCAGCUUAUUCAAACAUAUUAUUAAACUGAAGUGCAGUAUUCUCACUUUUUCAAGACCUAAACAAUGUGCCAAUCCCCCACCUUCUCGUUCUCCACUGCCUUCAGAUUUCACCCUCCCUGUGCUCCUACUGAAUCUGGCUGCCUCACUUCAUUGCUUCAGCCUGUUGCCAGAAUUAAAAAUUAUGCUGUAGAUUUUAGUUCGAUAACUUGAUAGUGCUUCCUGGUAACUCAAUAAUAACCCUCUUUUGGGAUAUUAAACACCUUAUCCUCAGUUUACAUAGCGCAGGACAUGGCUGUUACCUCGUAAACAAGAAGCCCCUGCAAGUUAUUUAUAGAACUACUUUCUACUUGGAUUUUUAGAGUAAACUUUUGCAUCCUGGUUUCAAGACCACUCAUUACUGUAGCAAAGCUCCUUAUCAGGUACAAACAUAGCACUGAUCAUGUACUGAUUAAUCACUAACUUGUUUCAUAGGACCCAGCAUAUGUAGCAUUUUUAUUGCAAUUUCCCUGGCUUACUUGUGGUUUGCACUGAUGAAUUUUUGACAGGGUAAUUGCCACGUUACUUGUGCAAUACUGCUGUACAUAGCUACAGAUCUUUUUUUAAGAUGCAAUCUUUUAUGUUAAUGAAUUUUAUAUAAAUAAAACUUUCAUCUAUU